AUGGCCCGGAUCAAGGUGCACGAGCUCCGGGGGAAGAGCAAGACGGACCUGCAGGCGCAGCUCAAGGAGCUCAAGUCUGAGCUCUCCCUCCUCCGCGUCGCCAAGGUCACCGGCGGCGCACCCAACAAGCUGUCCAAGAUCAAGGUGGUGCGUACCUCGAUCGCGCGCGUGCUCACGGUGAUCUCGCAGAAGCAGAAGUCGGCGCUGCGGGAGGCUUACAAGAAGAAGAAGCUGCUCCCCCUCGACCUCCGCCCCAAGAAGACCCGUGCCAUCCGCCGCCGCCUGACCAAGCACCAGCUUUCUCUGAAGACGGAGAGGGAAAAGAAGCGUGAGAAGUACUUCCCCAUGAGGAAGUAUGCUAUCAAGGCCUAG